CCUAAACCAGAUUCUUAAAAGGUCAACACCCAACUGUAAGAGAAAUGUUAGGGUCAGCCCCCGCUCCAGAUCCCGGAAUUUCCGGGUUGCCGAGCGACCCCCUUCGGAACGCGGCAGGUGUGAGCAGCAGCUAGGCGCCAGGGGUCGUAGCCCCUUUAAGAACGACGUCCGGGGCGCGCGGCAGAGCCGCGGAGGUCGAAGUGUUCUUGCUGUUGGAGAGGCUUGAGAGCGCCUGGCGCGAGACAUGCAGGCGGGCCGCUGGCUGGUCCCGGGGCUGUCCCUGGCCCUCGGGGCCGGCUUGGGAGCGGGGGCCGUGGCCUGGAUGAACAGGAAAACUAGCCCGGGAGUGGGAGGGCUCUGGAGCCGGCUACCCGUGCUGCCGGUGGCGGCGGCGGCCGCGGGGCCCGUGGUGCCGGCCGGGGGCCCGGGCGAGCUCGCCAAGUACGGGCUGCCGGGGCUGGCGCAACUCAAGAGCCGCGAGUCCUACGUGCUGUGCUACGACUCGCGCAGCCGGAGCGCCCUGUGGGUCAUCGAGCAACUGAAGCCCGAGCGGCUGCGGGGCCCCGGCGACCGCCAGACCUGCGGCUUCCAGGAGGACGACUCGGUGCACGUCUACCAUCGGGCCACCAACGCCGACUACCGGGGCAGCGGCUUCGACCGCGGCCAUUUGGCGGCAGCCGCCAACCACCGGUGGAGCCAGAAGGCCAUGGACGACACCUUCUACCUGAGCAACGUGGCUCCGCAGGUCCCCCACCUAAAUCAGAACGCCUGGAACAAUUUGGAAAAGUACUGCAGAAGUUUGACCCAGACUUAUCACAAUGUCUAUGUGUGCACUGGUCCUCUCUUCCUACCCAGGAGGGAAGCUGAUGGGAAGAUGUAUGUGAAGUACCAGGUGAUUGGCAAGAACAAUGUAGCGGUCCCCACUCACUUCUUCAAGGUGCUGAUCCUGGAGGCUCCUGGGGGGCAGAUCGAGCUCCGUUCAUAUGUGAUGCCCAAUGCUCCUGUGGAUGAGAACAUCCCAUUGGAGCGCUUCCUGGUUCCCAUUGAAAGCAUUGAGCGGGCCUCUGGGUUGCUCUUUGUACCCAACAUUCUUACACGGACAAGCAACCUGAAGGCCAUUGCCCCUGGAGCCAAGUGAUAGCAGGGCAAAGGAACCUGAAGAGGAACAGAAUAAGGGACAGCUCAGUGCAGUGGAUAGAAUAUUGGACAGGGUAAUUGCUCUGAUCCUUAACUAUCUGUAUGACUGAACAAAUCAUUUUCCAAUAUGUAAAAUGCCGGAAUUUCUAGGGAUGGAUACCUGAAUCUUCCCUAUUUAUUCCUAGGUAUCUUAGGAUGCUAGACUAAAAGUCUGACCUUACCCUUGAGUACCUAGUCCUGCUUCUGGAGGAUAGAUCAGGCUGGGACUUUUUCAUCUCUGUUGAGGAAUGUCUUGUCUUCCCUAGAAUUGUUUCAGGAGGUUCUCAGGCACUUCAUAUUAUGAUGGGGAAGAGUCUGUACCUGUGGUUUGUAUUUUGUUGGACCUACCUUUAAUAGGUUAAAGGGGAUGCUCCUUGUACCCCUUGGAGUAGAGUUUCAGCUUUGUAAGAAAGAAAGGGUUUGCUGCUGGUUGUAAUUUAUGGCCUACUAGACAUGGAGAAUGGGCAUGUACUUAGGUAGGAGAGGUUCAGAAAAUUCCAAGGAUUCUACAGCUUGAUGGAGUCAAGCCACUUCCAUUGGGCACCUUCAUCAUCUAUGAAAGACUUAUUUUGUUUCCAUCCCUGCUGCCCACUACCCUUAGGUUUUUUGGGAAAGUUAUUUUUGUCUUUUUGGACUUCAUUUUCCUAUUUGAAAUGAGGAGGCUGAUAAGACAUUAAAAAGAAAAUAGGAAAAAUUUUACAGUGUUCAAGCAUUCAUUGUGUUAAAAAUUAUAUUUCUCAAAUCUGUAGCUCCAACGAUAGACUAGAUGACUAAGAGUAUACUUUAUGUAAUUAGAAUAAUAAAAAUGUAUGUGAAGGAUAUUACCAAGGGAUAACUUAAUAGUUGAGCCAGAUGAAUUACAUUUUGAGGAAUAAAACAUGAAGAUUAACUAGGAAAUAAUGAAAAAAGUAGGAAUGAGGUUAGUUUGGUUUUGCCAGAUCUUAAAUGAUUAAAAUAGCAAUGAACAAAUCUGUUUAGUACGGGUAAAAUAUAGAAAACUUUAUCAGUAGAAUGUAGUCAUUAAAAUUUGGAAGGAAAACCAUACUGCCCUUUAGUCUUUGAUGAUCAAAGAACACAGCAUUCUCCUGGGAAAACUGGUUAAUAGUUUGGUAGCAAAUAGGUGUUGACCUACCUGUUACACCAUAUGCUGCAAUACUAAGUAGGUAAAUGGUUAAAUUUAAAAAGUUGUAUUAACAAUUUAGGGGAAAAAGAAAUCAUCCCGACUCUUAGUAGGGGAUGAAUUUGUAACCCGCUAUGAUGCACAUAUAAAAAAUAAAAAACAACUUCGAUUACUUGAGCAAUUAUAGAUUUUGCAAGUCUGAAAGGCAAAAUCUACCAGGAACUUCCAUGGUAUGAUUAAAAGCCAUUUUACAAUAAGUAAAAAAUUUCCCUUUUUUAGACCAUUCCCAGAAUUCUUAAACCAUUUCCAGAAUCAUUUUGGGGAACUUUUUAGAUCCAGUUAAUUAGUAUUGAAGAAUACUAUCCCCAUUAUUUUAUAGAAGUACCUCACCCCUCCAGAAAUUGAUAGUACAAAGCCUAAGAGAUCUCUCAAUACUUAAAUCCAGCUACCAUUUGUUUGAAGGAUUCCAGAAUCAGAUUAAGAUGUUGGUCUUAGUGAAUUAUCAGGCUCAGGAUGGUACACAUAUAAUCCUCCAUAAGAGGCAUUUUAAUCUCCUUGAACACUUCCAGUGAUGAGGGGUUUGUUAUAGUAUGACAAGUUAUUUUUCUUUUUUAUAUAAAAAAAUUGUAUAUGACUAUUUCGUGUUUGAAUAGCUUGAAAUGUUAUAUUUACCUGAAAUCUGCCUUCCUUUAAUUUGCCACCACUAGUUCUAGCUGUGCUUUCUUAAGUUAUAUACAACAGGCUAACUUUGUUCUUGUGACCCUUAAGAUAAAGACUGAUCAUAGUUACAUCUUUUCCAGGUUAAGCAUCCCAAUUCCUUUAACUUUUCCUCGCAGGGGUCAUGGUGAUGAGUUCUCUUAGCAUGUUAUUCUUGAUCUUACAGACAAAUUUCAAUAUGUCAACAUUCCUUUUAAAAUAUAAGAACCGUAGAAUACCAAGGAUGGAGACUUUUCAGAAGUCCGACUCCUAGUUAGCGGAAAUGAUUAAAGUAGGAAAGCUGAUUGGCAGGCUUCACCCAUCACAUAUCCAGGAAUAACCCCACAGUGUCUGUCUUCUGUGGGAGCUUUGGGGUGGAGUAUGAUGUCUUUCAAUGAAACUGUCUUAAAAAGUUGAAGAAAAAAAAUUUGAAUAAAAUAAGGGUCAUGAAACUUGCUCUAAAACGCUUGCCUCAAACUGAAGAUAGUGCUCCAGUUUUCUGAAAGUGAAGCACUUAUCAAGUAACACUGUCCAUCCUGAUCAAUAAAUCAACAAAUGCCAAUCCAGCCCCGUAGUCCUGAAUUUUCAAUUUAUCAUCUCUAAAUAGUCAUUAAACACAUGACUGGAUAAAAUGUUGAGGAGACAGAUCAUCUGAGGAGGAGCUAAGAGAGAACUGAUCCUCAGAUAAAUUCACUGAAAGGACCGUUUAAAACUAGAGCACUGACUGAAGUAGUGAUGGCUGCAGGACACUGUGAUCUACCAGAAGUGUGUGACUUAAGAGUUGUGAAGAACAUAGCCAAUAAAUUAUAAGUAAAAUAAGUGGGAAUCAUGGGAAGAUCAUAUAAGGCCUGCUGGUCAUACCUGACAGAAAUGUGGAAUUUGAGUUGGGUUUCUUGCAAGGAGAUUCUGAUAUGAGGUAUUGAGAAACGUAAGAACAGAGAAAGAAAAAGAAAGGACAGGACAUGGCCCGAGGAACAUAGAGGCAGGAAAGGAGACUCACUGAAUGAAAGAAUAGCUGACCGGAAGUGAUCAAAACUGGCAGGCAGGGUCUGCAGCUGUGUUACUGCCAGAGAAGCAAUUCUUUGUGAGAGCUGAUCGCUCAGAGAAAAGCAAGAUUGCCAUAUAACUCCUUUUGUCCUGAAAGAUGAAAAACUUUUUAGAUUUCUUGGGUUGUUCUCCUCUGUUUUUGGGGGGAAGGAUAUAGAGGAAGAAAGACAGUCUUUGCAUCUUUUUAUUCAGAAUUAAUUGGAUAAAAUGGGAUCCCUUGCUAUGUGAAGUGCUGGGUGGAGAAUGCUCUGUGACCCUCUCACUAUUUAUAGUAUGAGAGGAGGGAGGAAAGUAUUUAGAACAGAUCUAUUAGAACUUUGCAGAUUUCUGGCAUUAGGGAACUGAAAGAAUGUAACAUUUUCUUAGCACCUGGACAAAUGAGGAUAUAAGCUUAUAGAGCUCCUCACUGUUUCAAUGGCUGAGAAACACAGAGAAGCCCACCUGUGAGGGCCAGAUAGAUAGGGUGCAAAUAGCAAGGAGGUAAUCGCCAAAGAACCCAAGGACAUCAAUGCUUGCCUUCUGGAGUCAUGCACUGCCCUAAGCACAUGGGUCUCUACUCAUCUAUCUUCCUACUAGGUUUUAUAUGCAUCGGUAGGAAAGUGUGGCUCAAGUUUAUGGUUGAGUUGCUACAUUAUAAUCAUUUAUGCUUCUGCUUUAAUUGAGCAAACUAUCUUUCUAUUAGGUAAAUGUUGAUUGUACAUGCUUUUGCCUUCUUUUGGUAAUUCUUGCUUUUGUCUUGUCACUUAGUAAAAGUUCUAUCUUUAAGAGUCA